AUGCAGCUCAACGGCGAUGAGGCGCCGCAGGAGAACGGCAAGCGGAUGCGCCGCCCAAGCGUGAGAUUGCACCAGCCCUACUACGAAAACCCCGCCCCCCGCAAGAUACAGCAGCAGUGGAAGCCAGGGAAGGGCGCGCCCACACCCAGAAAGCCUCGAACCGCCAAAACCGCGAAUUCCAAAUUCACCAAGAGCGAUGAGCGUGGCAAGGGCGAAGGAGUGGGGAAAUCUGAUUUGGAAGAAGAUGUGGCGAUUGGGAGCUGGAGGAGUUUCAGUGCCGCCAAUCGGGAUAGGGAUUUCCAGAGAAAGAGGGUUAGGUCAUCCAAUUUGAAGAGUGGGGUUAUGGAGAAAUCUCGGAGGCUUGGGGACCAGGAAAUUGGGGAUCUUGGAUUGCCUAGUGAUGCUGAGAGUGGGGAACACGACCAAAAUCAACACAUAGUAGGCGAGGGAGAGGGGGAUUUGAAUGGUAAUCAGAUUAGUGCCGAUUUAAUAGUCGAGGAUUCUGAUCCGUCUAGCCCUAAUCAUUCGUUUGAUGACGAUGAUAACGAGAAUCGUAAAUUGAGUGGAGAUCAUGACAAUGUAGGUGGAAAGCAGAGGGGAUUGAGUGAUGAUCGACGUUCCCGUGAAAUGGGAGAAGAUGGGGAUAGUAGUGGUGUGAGGAUGUGGCUUAAUGAUUUGGGGUUAGGGAAGUAUGUGACACUGUUUGAGGUUCAUGGGGUGGACGAUGAGGUGCUACCAUUGCUGACUCUUGAAGAUCUUAAGGAUAUGGGGAUUAAUGAGGUUGGGAUACGAAGGAAACUGUAUUCGUCAAUCCAGAAACUCGAUAGAUCGUUCCCGUGA